AUGGCUGUACCUGGACCUCCUCUGCUCCUCCUUCUCUCUCUGCUGCUGCCGCUGCUGUUGAGCAAGGCAUCUCUGCCUGCAGCUGCAUACACGCUCACCCCCGGGCGACAGCCGCAGCACAAGAUCCUCCACCUGGACUGGCCUCGGGACUGUGGCCUGGCUCACUUCAAGCCCAACAUGGCCGAGAGGAUUGUGUCUGGGAACGAGGCCAGACCUCACUCGUGGCCCUGGCAGGUCUCUCUGCAGGUUCGUCCCAGGGGAAGUAAACAUUACAUCCAUGUCUGUGGAGGAACUCUCAUCCACAAGAACUGGGUCCUUACCGCCGCUCACUGCUUUCAAAAAGGUAAAGCUGAGGAUGCUGGGAGCUGGAGGAUCGUCGUGGGGAAGCACCGGCUGAAGCGCUCAGAGACGGCAGAGAGGACUUUCCCCGUGAAGAGGAUCUACCGGCACGAGAACUUCCGGUACCCGGCUCACAGCGAGCUGGACUACGACAUCGCCCUGGUGAAGGCUGCCAAAGAGAUCGUCCCUUCCAACUUCAUCCGCUACGCCUGCCUGCCGCGCAAGCAGACCAGCCUCAAUCCAGGACACUACUGCUGGGUCACAGGCUGGGGGGACACCCGGGGUGGGAAGGAGAACGUGUCUCUCGCAGAAGCCCUGAACCAAGCCCGCCUGCCCAUCAUCGACUUCAAGACCUGCCGGCAGAAGAAAUUCUGGGGCGAACGCGUCCGAGACUCCAUGAUCUGUGCCGGGUUCAGGGACACCGAGGGCCCGCCAGCCGCCUGCCAGGGCGACUCUGGUGGUCCUCUGCUGUGCCAGGAGGGACAGGACCGCUGGGAGGUUCACGGCGUGGUGAGCUUCGGCCCGAUCGGCUGCACCGUGGAGAACAAGCCCAGCGUUUUCACCCGCACCGCCGCCUACAUCCCCUGGAUCGAGGCCACGCGCAUCAGGGACUUCUUCAUGCACUAA